AUGUCAGAACCAACAACACCAACACCAGCAGGAGUUACCACAGUUUCAUCUAUGGAUGGUUCAGAAUUGAAACCUUCUGCACCAGAAGUAACGACAGCUGCAGCAGCACCGACAACGACCGCACCAGAACCAACAACACCAACGCCAACACUAGUUACCUCAGUUUCAUCCACGAAUGGGUCAGAAUUGAAACCUUCUGCCCCAGAAGUAACGACAGCUGCAGCAGCACCGACAACUCCUGCACCAGAGCCAACAACACCAACGCCAACAGUAGUUACCACAGUUUCAUCCACGAUUGGGUCAGAAUUGAAACCUUCUGCCCCAGAAGUAACGGCGGCUGCAGCAGCACCAACAACUCCCCCACCAGAACCAACAACACCAACGACAGCUGCAGUUACAACAGUUUCAUCCACGACUGGGUCAGAAUUGAAACCUACUGCCUCAGAAGUAACGACAACUGCAGCAGCACCAACAACUCCCGCACCAGUUCUAGAAACUACAAGCACGCCGGAGUUAGAAACAUACACACCAAUAGUGACAACACAGGCUUCUGAUGGAUCAACACUGGUGGUUCUAGGAGGUCUUGAUGACUCACCAGAAGCUACGACGGCACCUGCACCACACACGACUCCGGCUUCAGGUACCACAAAUUUGGGCAUCAUAGGACUUUUAUAA